GUCUCAACGUAGCACGAAAUAUGUCUCCUCUCAGCAAAGACGCACACACUAACGGGAGACGUGCUAGUUAACGGUUUUUUUGAUAUUGAAAGUUUUGUUUUGUCGACUUAAGAUUGUUUCGAUGUUAUACUCUGUAUAUUAAAACAUUCCGCUUGUAAAACGCAAUAUUUAUUGUCCAAGAGCUGCCGACUUCGUUUCUACUAAAGAGUGUCCGCUUCCCCUCCCCUCGAUGAAGCGCUGCGAUGCCCUCUGAUUUUAUAUCCCUCUUUAGCUCGGAUCUCGACCUCAAUUCCCCCAAAUCUCUAUACUCGAAAGAGUCGGUAUAUGACCUCCUCCCCAAAGAGCUCCAGCUCCAUCCGUCGUCCACCCAGACAGACCCACCCACCAUGAGCCAGAAGAGUGGGGGAGAGGCGGGCCCUCCCCCCUCUGCAGCCUUGGCCUCAGAUGCCAUCUCCUCCACCUCCACCUCCAGCCCCUCUGCCUCUUCCUCCCUGACCAUGGGAGUCCCAUCCACUGGCUCUACUUCAUCCUCAGAGCAUCUUAAGAUUCCCCAGCAUCUCCACUCCACCGGAGGGGAUGGAGCUGGAGCUUCAGAGAUUCAAGGUAGGGACGGUGCUGUAUCUGCCCUCAGCAGAGGAGCAAGCACUGCAACAGGAGACAUGGGAUCAGAAGUGUUGUCAGGGCUAGGAGUCCAGCAACCUCAAAACACCCCAUCAAAACGGAGGCCUGUGUUAAGCAUAUCCCCGCCACCUGAGGAUCUAUUUGAUGACAGCCAGAUGUCUUGCCAAGACGAGCCUGCCAUACCUGGUCCAACAGGUCCAGAUUCAGAGCAUAGCAGCAGCAUGUGGGCUGAUGACUCCGUCUCCAACUUCAGCUUGAUCAGUUCCGUCUCCUACAAUGACAACACAGAGGUGCCGCGCAAGUCGAGGAAACGCACCCCUCGCCAACGGCCUGGGCCCAAGCCUGCUCCUCCGGAGGACAGCAUGGAUGUGUUUGAUGCUGACAGCGCCAAGGGCCCUCACUUUGUCCUCUCCCAGCUGGGCACAGACAAGACCAGUCCCAUAGCAAGCUCUCUUGAGUCAGGCACCGCAGUGAAGGGUGGGACACUGUCUUCUCAGUUCCCCCAGAGGAGUGAUGGAAAAGAGCUAAAGAUCUUGGUGCAGCCAGAGACCCAGCACAGAGCUCGCUAUCUGACCGAGGGCAGCAGAGGUUCUGUAAAGGACCGCACGCAGCAGGGAUUCCCCACUGUCAAGUUGGAAGGCGUGAGUGAACCAGUUGUGCUGCAGGUGUUUGUUGCGAAUGAUGCAGGCAGAGUAAAGCCUCAUGGUUUCUACCAGGCAUGCAGAGUUACAGGGCGCAACACCACUGCUUGCAAGGAGGUGGACAUAGAGGGCACCACUGUUAUUGAAAUCCCUCUGGAGCCGAGCAAUGACAUGACACUUGCGGUGGACCGUGUGGGAAUUUUAAAGCUGCGUAAUGCAGAUGUGGAGGCCCGUAUUGGUGUGGCAGGGUCCAAGAAGAAGAGCACACGUGCCAGGCUGGCCUUCAGGGUCAACAUCCCCCAACCUGAUGGAUCAGCCCUUACUCUACAGGUUGCUUCAUCACCCAUCCUCUGCACCCAGCCAGCAGGGGUGCCAGAGAUCCUGAAGAAGAGUCUUCACAGCUGCUCAGUGAGAGGAGGAGAAGAAGUUUUUAUCAUCGGGAAGAACUUUCUCAAAGGAACCAAAGUUAUUUUUCAGGAGAAUAUUGCAGAUGAUAAUUCCUGGCACGCUGAGGCAAAGAUUGACAUGGACCUUUUCCAUCAGAACCAUUUGAUAGUGACAGUCCCUCCGUUCCACAACCAGUCAGUCACUUCUCCCAUUUCUGUGGGAAUAUUCGUGAUGACCAAUGCUGGUAGAUCACAUGAUGCCCAGCCCUUCACCUACACUCCAGACUCAGCUGAUAACUCAAAUGUCCAGACAGUAAAAACAGAGGGACCCUCUCUGGUCAAGACAUGUAUAUUUGAUGGCCAGAUCAAAUCUGUAUCUCCUGAGCAAACUGACAGCUCUGCGCCGCCUUCCAAACGGCAAGAGGACACACCAAUGGAAGUGUCUAGCAAUCCAUCACCGACGGAUGUCUUUAAGCCGUCCCCUGACCCUCUUGUUGCGGUGCAGCAGACGUUGGAGGUCUGCUCUAGUCCUCAUCCAGGUGGAGAUUCCUUUCAGAGCCCAAUGCCUCUACAACCUGAAGAUGUGGAGCUUCCCCAGGCGCACCCUGUCUUUCCCAGCCUAGAGUCUCUCAGCACCAUACAAAAGCAAGACAUUGCCCCCACAACCUCCUUCCCAGUGCCAGGCGAUACUACAAUCCCCCCUGUGACACCAGAGGUCCCUCAACAAUUCCUCAGGGACCCUCAGGACAGCACACCUCCUGAGAGCUCCAAUAAUAGUGGAGGGGUUGUAGUUGUGGCCAUGUCCCAGAUAGCGACUCCCUCUCAGCCCCAACCACAACAGUCCCAGGUUCCCUUGUUCCCCCAGGAAGGGGUGGCCCAGCUGGAGAGGGCAGUUAGGGAGCUACAGGCUGGAGGUAGCACCACGUUUCAACAGGUGUUGGAGGCGGCUGUAGCCCAGCAGCAGCUAAACUCAGUGCUGUACAGCCCCUCCCCCUCUGCAGACUCCCUUCAGCAGCAUGUCCAGGAGAACAUGAAUAGCCUUAGAUUGGGAACCACAGAUAAUUCAUUAUCAACCCAGCAACAGCUACAGAUACAACAGCAACAUCAGAUGCAACAGCAACAACAGAUACAACAGCAACAACAGAUACAACAGCAACAACAGAUACAACAGCAACAACAACAACAACAACAGCAGCAGCAGCAGCAAAAUCAAGUGUUGAGCAACUUACAACUGCAAGAGCAGCAGGUGUUGGAGAAUCUACAGCAGUGCCUUCAGGCUGAGUUGCUUCAGCCCCAGAUUCACUCCUCCCCCCAAGGACAGCAGCCAGUGUCCAUCCUUCAACAGGCUGGAGAGCUGCUCACCAUUCAGACCAGCUUCCCAACACAGCCCCCAUCCCACACAUCUCCCCCACAGCAGCUCUUUCAAUCGCCCAGGCCCUUGGCUGAGACUCAGGGCUCUCAACAGCAGGUCCAGGCUGCCCUGCUCCAGAAUACGCUGACUGUUCUGACAAGUGGCAGUCUCAACUCAGAGCAGCAGCCUACUGGUUCAACACUCUACCUGUCACCAAACCCUCAGCCCCACCAACAGCAACAACAGCUGGCAUUCAUCUCCUCCAUGGAGACAUCUAACAGCCAGCCCCGGUCUGUUGCUAUGUUUCAGAACCAACCCCAAGCUCAGCUUUCCCAAAUGCAGCAACAGAGCACCCCAAUGGAGCAGCAGCAGUCUCCACAGCAGAACCAACAACAGCCGACGCAGCUUUCAAUGGGCCAGCAGGGCUCCUUGUUUCAAAGUAUCCCAAACCACUCACAGCCUAACCCUGUCCCCCAGAACCAGCUUUCCCAACCCCAGCAGACAGGUCUCCUCCUCUGCACCACAGAUCUUAAUCCCCAGGCUAUUCCCCCAACAAUUCUUUUUAGCACCCAGACCCAAGGCCCUUCCCCUCUGGGGAGCAUUAGCGUUGGAAUCCCCCAGCCAGACACAGCAGAGCCCAUGUCCUUCCAAGACCAGAGCUCCUCAGGCAGCAACUCGACAUCCACUGAGAACCAACAGCAGAGCCUGUACCAGGAACAGCAGCCAAUGCAAGUGGGCCUGAGUUCCAGCAGCGUCCCUAGCAGUCAACCUGUGGAGCUGUUCUUGCCACAGACAUCUCUCUCCAGCCUGCAGAGCAGUAUUGGCUCACAGGACCUGAACAACCAGGCUCCAGCCCCUGGCACAACCAUCUUUGUUGUACAGGGUGGUGUGGGUGUGGUAGCCAACCCUGGCCAGCAGCCCCCGGAGCAGCUUUUCCAGACAACUGUGGGUGGGAAUGUGGCUCCACAAGGACAGGCCAACCUGUUUGUGUUUGGCAUCCAGAAUGACGCUCCCCAGCUCCUCAACUCCUCUGGACCCACGCUGCAAGCUCAGGGCCAGCCCCAGAACUCCAGCCACAUGCAGCCUCUGUUGGACCAGCCUAUGGCCCAAGCUUCCCCCACCAUGCACAGCAGCUUACAGAACACCCUUCAGGCACAAAUGCAGUCCAGCUUAGAGAACGCCAUGCAAAGCAGUCUACAGAAUGCAAUGCAGACAAACACGCAAACAGCUCUGCAGUCCACUUUACAGGCAACCAUAGAAACAAGCCUGCCAACUCCGAUGCAGACCAAUAUGCAGAGCAGCUUACAGAAUCAAUUGCAGGCAUCAAUAUCUGCAUCGUCCAACAUGGAUAAAAUUGAGGACCUAUUGGAAAGCCUACAGAAGCAGUGAUACAUUUUAGAACUAUUUUGGAACUAAGGAGAGUGAGUGAUAUGUAGCUGAGAGUUGUACAUUCUUACAUAAAUUAACAGAACGGUGGUGUGUGGUGUUUUUUGCCAAUGCCACAAAAUGUAGAAAAAAUUGAAUAUUUAAGAAUGAAUGCCCCUUUUACCUAAAACCCAAAUUAUAAGCUCAUGUAACUCCGCUUUUAUAGAAUAGUUAUAGCCUUCAUACAUCCAUUGUCCUUGAAUCAAAUAAUUCACCUUUGUUAUUACCCCUCUUGCAGGAACAGAGAGGCCUGUAAUAACUGCUUUAUCCAUCAGUCUCAGAAAUGCAGUGUUUUCUUGUUAGUGUUUUAAUAAUCUGAGCCUAAGAGAUGAUAAUGAGGAAAAAAAACUACCAGGUGUGGUGAAAAAAAACUGGAAAGGGAUAAAGAAUGUCAGCAACAGGGAAAUAGGUGAAUACGUAUGUGAUGGAGAUGAGUCUUUAAGAGCAGGCAGCGUAGAUAAAACAGCCAGUCAUGGAGUGAAUAUCAGAUUGCACAGAAGUGUCAGAUAUAGGCUGAAUCUCAUUUGUGUGAGUGUGUAAACUCCAAGCUUUCCUUUCAGUGUUUUUGUCCAUCAUGUGGAAAUUGGGGCUAUUACCUGGCAUGAAGACAGGGAUGAAAUAUCCCCACUCAAUUUAAACUGUUGACAUGGAUAAUGUAAGAUGUUUUUUUAAAUUAAUUAAACAAUGUCUUUGAAUAUGUCAACAAUUUGACUAAAAUCUACUCUAAGAGUAAAGACUACUAAAUUAAGUACAUUUGUAGAAUGUUUUGCCUUAAUAUUUGCUGGCCUGACUGGAGUAGGCACCUGAGCAGACCGCCGGGAUGAGGAGAAUUUAAAUAUUGAUCAACUUUACAAAAAUUAACUCACUCACCAAAAGGGGUAUAAAUACAUUCUGGUAUUGCAGAAAGAAGAGGGACUCCUAAUCACUCCCAAAUGAGAUUCACCCUGGUGAAUAAUGUGACUUGGCCUUUUGUUUUGGCACCGCCCAGUGUUUUCGUAGGUUUAGGCCUCAUUAAGGUGUUUGCAAAAGCUUUCUUGCUUACAUUUAAAGAAGCAUUCAAUUAUGUAGUGUGUGUGUGUAUCUUUUUAUGUUUUUGAAUAAGUUGUAAAUUUUUACCAAUUUAAUGUGGAUAGAAAGAAACUUUCCACUGGUGAAAAUGGAGUGUUGUGUGGUUUUAUAAACAUUUUAUCUCAAGCACUUUAUAACCUCUAGCUAAUCCUUAUAUCCGUCUACAGCUCUCUACUGACCCAGCUGAAUUUGUACUCGGAAACGUCCAGUUAAAAAAACAGAAAAAAAACUCACAGCAGUUGUCUUUGUGAAGGUAAAUACAUCUUAACCUAGCAUUUCUACAUCGUCUCAUGUCUGAAUAUUUUUGAGGUUUAUGGCAACGUUGUACAGAAUGUCUACUCACUGUUGAAUUCCUCUUUGUAUUCAGUCUCAGUGGUCCAGUCAAGUCUGUCUAAACAAACAGCCAUUCCCACAAAAGCAUUGUCAUUUGUCAGUGUUGGAGUGGUAAGUAGGCCUUUGUGUUUUACACACUGACAAAACACCUAAAAUUCAAUUAAUUUAGUUUGUGCAUUGAAAUGAAGGAUUUUUUCAUCGUAUUGCUAUUUUUGCUAUUACUGUACAAUCUGUCACUUAAGACUGUUUUACCUUGUAAUGUUUAGAUAUUUAAGUUUUUGUCUCAGUGUUGGUACCGUGUGCAGGCCGGCACAAAAUGAAGUUGGCAUCCAGUACCCGUCCCCUGUGUUGUGAACAGGGGAUCACUGGUAAAUGAAAUCUCUGUUACAUAGAGGCCGCCAUUUUGAUUCUUAUCUAUGGUGCUAUGUGCAGGAGUGAUGGGCACUUCUGAUGUGAUGUUAGUACAUAACAGUUCAUACUUAUAUCAAUAGCACUGACAUUGUUGUUUGAAGCAGAGUUGAGUCUAGAGAGCUGGCUGUUGUGGGGUCAGACUGGAGUGCACCCAGACAUACCAAAGCUCCUUUUGUGAAACGUCGUCAACCUGUCUCAUACUUUUCCUCGCAAAGGCCCUCGUAAUGUUUACUCAUUUGUACUCAUUUAAAUUGUGCAGCUCUUACAUGGAUAGUAAUUCCGCACGUUUUAAGUACAAGAUGUAUAAAAGAUAUGUAAAGGUACUUUGCUUCAUGGAUCAGUUAAACUCAUUAACAUUUCCACCAAUUUGAUACAUUACAUGACUCUAUUUUUUGAUGCAAAAUAACACUGCUGUACUUUCCAUAUCUACAACAGUAGCCAAUUUAGCAUUAUCAAAUAGAUACUCUUUUGAGAAGAAUUCAAAUGUUAGAGUAGUAUUACAUUUUCAGUCAUACUAUUUUGUCCUGCAGCUGUUAGUGAUCCAUUUUAAAGUAACUUAUCUUUUUUAGAAUUUUGUAUCCAUGUAUCAAAAUGUAGAGUAUUUUUGUAAAACUAAACUUUUUGUUCAUGCUUACAGCACAGAAUAUCAUUGCUGGUAUGUUUUCCUGAAAUGAAGCGCAGGUUUAUUAUAGGACGGAAAUUAGAAAUGUAAUUAUGUGGACAUCAAGCAAAUAUGUUAGAACUAAAUUCUACUGUUCUAACACUGACUUUACCCAACCUGUAUAACAUAAUACAUGGGCUAGGUAUUUCUUGUGUUUGUUUUAUUUUAAUUUCAUGCAUCUCAAAUGGCACUUUGACUCAUCCAUUAACUGUAGAUCAGGUUAGAGCGCAGUAGUGAUGUUUCCAAGCAUUCCAUUCCUCUUUGGGAGUUUAAGAGCACAUGAUGUUGCAGAAAAAUUGCGGAACAGUAAUGCCUCUUAAAGCCAUACCAACACAGAAAGCCAACCUGUGACUUCAGUUUCAUGAAUGUAAAUGUUACCUCAUGGUGUGGACAUAGAGCUUGCUCUACAUCUAACAUCGGACCAAUUACAGUUGUAGAGAAACAUAUUUUGAGGCACAGAGGGUGGGUGGGGUGGCAGCAGCAGCAGCAGCAACAGCAACUGUCAUUUGUAUUACUGUACAUUUGUCAGAUUGUUUUGUCUUGGAUUUUGGUGUAAUUUCAUGUUUCUUCACAUCCAGUUUCAUUUUGAGCAAUCCAGGAUGCUCAGUCUGACUCUUCGAAUAGCCACUUUCACCUGAAAAACCGUGAAACAUUAAUUUAAUGGCGGUGGAGAUAGCACACAAAUCUUAACAAAAUAUCAGUUUUGUCCUUAAGUCAUGUAAAUUAAUAUCCAUGUAUAUUAAAUGUGAAAUAUACUGCAGGGGUAUCUUGAACUUCAAUAGUGAUGCUUUCAACAGAACUUUGUGUGCCUUGAUAACUUAACUGUUACUCUGCUGUGUUUCCCUUUUGUGUCAUUGCUAUUUGGCUCCUUUUGUCCUUUUUAUUCUCUAGGACUGUUUUAACAUCGGGACACUUUUCAGUGAUUGCAUUUUUAUUUCUAAACAAGCAUAACCAUAGCCCAUAUAGACAAGAUUUAUUUAAGUUUGAACAUUUUCUCUUUAGAAAUCCAUUGCAGGAUAUCAGAGUGAGUACUCUCAACAUAAUAUUGUGCAACUUCACCAGUGAAUUGUCAACUUGUUUGUGACUUUCUGUUGAAAAUGUUUUCAUGCCUUGUGAGAUUUGUACAUGUGAGGUAAAAGGGACGAGACCAUGGAGAUUGUUUAAUGGAGAGCUUUCUUGUGUUGAUGUGCUUGUCAACAUUACUAUUGUUGCUGUGAAAUGCUUGAUCAAAAGGAGCAACCAUGAUAAAUUAACUGAUAAUUGCCAAUAGUGUGAGCUGUAUCUUGUGUGUAAUCAGUUUGCUCACUUUACCUAGUUCGCUUUCUAUUUCACAUUCUCCAACAGUUCUGUUGUAUCCGUUCUGUGUAGCUUGAGCUUUAGUAUCUAGCCUUAAGAUCCUGCAGUCAGGAUAAAGGUCAACCCCAGUGUGUUAUCAUACAUCUGAACUAUUAACAUGUACCUUGCCUUGGUCUGGACAUUUGUAUACUCUUCUGUUUAUAUCUGUAAUCCUGCUGCUACAUUAAAAAUAAAUUAA